GCAGGCUGGUUCUGGAGAGAGGGGACUCGGACGCCCUCACAGCCAGAUGUGCCGAAGGGGAGAGCGGGUUGUCUGAGUUUAUCUGCUCGCCAUGCCGUGGAGUGAACUCUUCUAGUUGUUUUUGGGACACGGGUGGGAAAUGACUAACAGGAUGGAAGGUUCGGCGGGACCAGGUGUGAAGGCGAACGGACCCAUCGCGGCGCCCAGCAGCCCCGUGAGCUCCACCAUGGGCCCGCCUCUGUCUCCAGAAGAGCUGGGCGAUGAGCCGCAGUCGUCUCUGACGGACGUCAGCCAAUUGUGGAUUAAAUUCGGCAAGACUUUCGCCAUCAUCCUCCCCAUUUACAUCCUGGGAUACUUCGAGUUUAGCUUCAGCUGGGUUCUGAUCGGACUCGCCAUGUUGUUCUAUUGGAGGAGGAACUACGGCAGUAAGGACUACAGGAUAAACCGUGCCAUGGCGUUCCUGGAGCACGAGGAGAAAGCAGUGAGGCAGAGCGUGCCCACGUCUGAGCUGCCACCGUGGGUCCACUAUCCAGAUGUGGAGCGAGUGGAGUGGCUGAAUAAGACGGUGAAGCAGAUGUGGCCGUUCAUCUGCCAGUUUGUGGACAAGCUGUUCAGAGAGACCAUCGAGCCGGCGGUGAAGGCCGCCAACCCGCAUCUCAGCACCUUCUGCUUCACCAAGAUCGACAUGGGCGACAAGCCGCUGAGAGUGAACGGGGUGAAAGUUUACACAGAGAACGUGGACAAGAGGCAGGUCAUCAUGGAUCUUCAGAUCAGUUUUGUCGGGAACACAGAGAUCGACGUGGACAUCAAGAAAUUCUAUUGCAGAGCUGGAAUCAAAAGUAUACAGCUUCAUGGAACGGUGCGGGUGGUGAUGGAGCCUCUGCUGGGGGACAUGCCUCUGAUCGGAGCCCUGUCCGUCUUUUUCCUCAAGAAACCGUUGUUGGACAUCAAUUGGACGGGACUCACAAACAUGCUGGACAUUCCUGGUGUCAAUGGUUUGUGUGAUAACAUCAUCCAGGACAUCAUCUACAGUCAGAUGGUUCUUCCAAACCGCAUCACCAUCCCUCUGGUCCAGGAGAGCCAGCUGGCCCAGCUCCGCUUCCCCAUGCCCAAGGGCGUCUUGAGGAUCCACUUCCUCGAGGCCCAGGACCUGCUGGGCAAAGACAAGUUCCUCGGAGGGCUGAUCAAAGGCAAGUCGGACCCGUACGGGUUCAUCAAGAUCGGGACCCAGGUCUUCCAGAGCAAAGUCAUCCACGAGACCGUCAACCCCAAGUGGAACGAGGUGUACGAGGCCUUGAUCUACGAUAACACGGCACAGAAUCUGGAGAUUGAGCUGUUUGAUGAAGACACUGAUAAAGACGACUUCCUGGGAAGUCUGGCCAUCGACAUGGCCGAGCUCGAGAAGGAACAGAAGGUCGAUGAGUGGUUCGUGAUCGAGGACGUGGCUACAGGAAAGCUGCACCUUAAACUGGAGUGGUUAUCUCUGCUGCCCAGACCGGACAAGCUGGACCAGGCUCUGAUGAGCAUCAAAGCCGAUCGCGGUCAAGCCAACGACGGCCUGUCGGCGGCGCUGCUCGUCGUCUUCCUGGAUUCAGCCAGAAACCUGCCGCGCAAUCCGUUAGAGUUCAACCAAGCGGGGCUGAGGAAGUCCUCGGUCAGUAAGGCCAUCAAGUCUGGUAAAAAAGUGACCAGUGAUCCCAAUCCACUCGUCCAGUUCACAGUGGGACACAAGUCUUUCGAGAGCAAGACCAGAUAUAAGACCAAUGAACCGGUCUGGGAGGAAGCCUUCACCUUCCUCAUCCACAACCCGAAAACCCAAGAGUUGCAGGUUGAGGUGAAGGACGAGAAACACGAGUGUUCGUUGGGGACGUUAACUCUUCCUCUGAGCCGCCUGCUGGAGGCCGAGGAAAUGACCCUGAACCAGCGCUUCCCCCUGAGGAACUCCGGACCGAACUGCACCCUCAAGAUGAAGAUGGCUCUGCGGGUUCUGUGUUUGGGCAAGAGCACUUCCUCGUCCACAAACUCCACCCCGUCCUCCGUGCAGGUCAGCAAGAACAGCUCCGGCAACCCAACCCCACGGCCCUCCGUCUCCUCGGCCAGCCCCGCUCCUCCCGCCUCCACCUCCACCUCCUCCUCCGACGGGCCCCGCUCGUCCACCGUGUCGGCCCAGGACCUGCUGAACCGGCGGAGGGAGUCCGAGGAACCCUACCGGUCUCCGGGAAGCACAGACUUGGGUCAAGGAGGAGUAAGAGGCGGAGGAGGUGGAGGCAGGGCCCUGGCGGACUACGGGAGGAGCACCUCCAACCUGGCCAUCUCUGGUUCCCAGCAGUACCUGGCCGGAGGAAAGGAACCGACGCCGAGCAUCGCCUCGGACAUCUCCAACCCCUACGCUGCUCAGGAGCUGCAGCAGAGACUCCAGCAGCUGCAAAACGGUUCAGGCCCCAAUCAUUUCCCGCUGGGUGAGAUCCAGCUGACGGUCCGACACAGCUCCCAGAGGAACAAGCUCAUCGUGGUCGUCCACGGCUGCAGAAACCUGAUCACGUUCUCCGACCACGGCUCGGAUCCGUACGUCCGCCUCUACCUGCUUCCUGACAAACGGCGGUCGGGCCGGAGGAAAACUCACACGAUGAAGAAAACCCUGAACCCCGUUUACGAUCAGACGUUUGAGUUCAGCGUUUCCCUCGUGGAGCUCCACAGGCGGACCCUGGACGUCGCGGUGAAGAACGGUGGAGGUCUGCUGUCAAAACACAAAGGCCUUCUGGGAAAGGUUCUGGUGGAUUUGACCCACGAGGAGAUCAGUAAGGGUUGGACACAAUGGUUUGAGCUGAGUGAAGACGGCCAGACGAAGCCUCACCAGCUAUAGACAGUAAACACAUAUCUUCAUCACCAUCAUCUUCAUCUUCACUAUCAUCUUCAUAUCUCUUCAACUUAGGUCUGUGUGUACAACAGAAAAGCAGCUUUGACAUUCAUCUAAUCACAUCAGUCGCAAGGCAAACCUCCCCUUUAAGAAGAGAAAGGCUGGUAGACUA